GUCAGGCCUUCUGCAAUGAGUAAGCGUAAGGCAAAGGAGAGUGGUGGAGCAAAUGGAGAAUGCAUUUCACAGGCGCAGAAAAUCUUACGUGAAAGAUUCUGUCACCAUUGUGCUGCUGGAAAACUGUUUGGGAUUGAACAUCAGUACAGACAUCUGCUGGAUCUGCUGAAACGGACUACAGUUCAUGGAGAAAGUAAUUCUGCCCUCAUUAUUGGACCCCGAGGAUCAGGAAAGACUGCGUUAUUAAAUCGUGUCUUAAAAGAGCUUAAGGAAAUGAAACAAGUUAGAGGGAACCUCUUGGAAGUUCGUCUGAAUGGGCUUCUGCAGACUAAUGAUAAAGUGGCCCUGAAGGAAAUCACCAGACAGUUGAACCUGGAAAAUGUAGUUGGGGAUAAAGUUUUUGGCAGUUUUGCUGAAAAUCUUGCGUUCCUUCUUGAAGCUUUAAGGAAAGGAGAUCGAGCUAGCAGUUGUCCAGUCUUGUUUAUACUGGAUGAAUUUGACUUGUUUGUUCAUCACAAGAAUCAGACGCUGCUCUAUAACCUCUUUGAUAUAUCACAGUCAGCCCAGACUCCAGUAACAGUUAUUGGACUUACAUGUAGGCAGGAUAUUCUGGAGCUCUUGGAGAAGAGAGUAAAGUCAAGGUUCUCUCACCGACAGAUAUAUUUGAUGAAUUCUUUUGAUUUUAAACAAUACAUUAAGAUAUUCAAGGAACAGCUUGCUCUUCCUGCUGAAUUUCCUGAUGAGUCUUUUGCACAGAAAUGGAAUACUAAUGUUCAGCAUCUCUCAGAGGAUAAAACUGUGCAGGACGUGCUGCAGAACCUUUUUCGCUACAGUAAAGACCUGCGCUCACUUCACUUGCUCUUGAUGCUCGCUGUAAGUAAUGUUACUGUGCAUCACCCACUUGUCACUGCAUCAGAUCUCCAUGAAGCAAGCAAGCAGUAUCGAACGGACUCAAGAGCAAAUAUUGUACACGGUUUGUCUGUCCUGGAAAUCUGCCUAAUUAUAGCUAUGAAACAUUUGAAUGAUGUUUAUGAAGGAGAACCCUUUAACUUCCAGAUGGUUUACAAUGAAUUCCAGAAGUUCAUACAGAGGAAGGCACACUGUAUGUACAACUUUGAAAAGCCUGUUGUCAUGAAGGCAUUUGAACACUUAUUACAGCUGGAAUUAGUAAGGCCAAUAGAAAGACCAAAUAUACGUGCUCAGCGCGAGUACCUCCUGAUGAAGCUGCUGUUGGACAGUACUCAGAUCAUGGAUGCCCUGCAGGCGUACCCCAACUGCCCUAUGGAUGUGAAGCAGUGGGCAGCCUCAUCACUCAGCUGGCUCUGAACUUUCUGGAACUUGCAGCAUCACUUUCUGCAUCCAGGCUUUUUGAGUUAAGUAUGAGCUGCAGCAGAGGGCACAUCUUUCCACAGGAGGUAACUUUUUGGAAGAAGCUUUACUGAUUGAUGGGGGAGAACUGCUCCAAUGUUAUGUUCUGAUGGCCGUAACAGUGAUGAAGGGGAAUGCUCUGGCUGUUUACCUCAGCUCGGUGCCAGCUUUUCCUCUGGUGCAGAGUUUCCACUUCAUAUAAAUCUUGAGUUCCUUGGUCUGGGAUUGACUGUGUCAGGUGCUGCCUUGGGGCACACCACCCCGAAUGCCUGUGGGUCUGGCUUAAACCCCAAGGCACAGUUACCUCUCAAAUGCUGUUUGAAGCUCAUACUUGGUGUACUUUUUCUUCUCAAAUUUGACUUGAUGCAGAAAACUUAUUAAUUAUCCUUUAAUGACAACAAAUGGUGUUCUGGGGUGAAGUACAACCUGCCUUAUCCAGGUUACUCAGCUGUUUCUGCAGGGUACAGCCUGCAGGGCCUGUGUCCCCCUGUGGUGGGGCAGCUCUGAAACACCAGCAGAUCCCCCCAGAGAGCUCCUGCAGGCUCUGUGGCUCAUUGCUGGGGAGAGAAAUCUGUCUGGCAGCAGGGGGAGGGAAGGCUUUGUCUGGAAGGUACAUGCUACUGCAUAUGUACUUGAGUGAUACCUGUCAGAAGUACACUUCCUCCCAGGUAAGAGCUACCGUUGGUUUGGUACCACAACAUGUCAUGAAAAGCCUUGCUGCAAGGAUAGCACAAACUGUAAAUAAAAAAGUUGCCACAAGAUGGUGUUCAGAAGUACUUACCCAGGCAGGAAAGUGGGUGUUGAGCCAACAUGUACCUCCUCACAGCGUGGUUUGGCUCAUGCAAUUCAAGGUGCACCUCUGAAAUGGGGAUGAAGGGGGAAUAUGGCUGCUUGUCAAGUAGAGAGCAGAGGUGGGAAAAGGUGAUGCCAGUGUUAAAGAGUUACUUUUAUGGAAACACUUGGCUGUGGGGCUGGAGACAAACCAAUAGGUGCCUUACGUACAACUGCAGAGGGGGCAGAGCUGCUGACAUUGGUUGGCCCUGCCUCUGCUCACACCCGGGGUCCUGCUGCUGUGUUUGUUUAGGGAUGGGACACUGCUGAGGGUUUUCCCCACCCUGUGGCGCGAAACAGACACCUGCAGGUGUGGUAUGGGAAUAUCACAUCCCCUGUCAGAGCAACUCACUCAACAGCCUGAGUCCCCUGUACCCACAGGUACAUUGAUUGGUGAAAUUGAACAUGCUCAGAAGGGAUAAUGGGGACUGGCUUUAAUUCAGGAUAAAGGCUUGGGAGGGAGCCCCACCCUUUUAGGGGCAGGAGGCUACAGGGGCAGUUCUGCAGCAGGUGGCUGCCCUGCUGUCCAGGGAGAAGGGAAGGGCAGUGGCAGGGCCUUGGGACAGGAAUGGUGGAAGGGAGCGUGGAAUUACAGGAGCAUCGCUGGAGCCUUCCCAUGGCUGCCUCCUGCAGGAGGGAGCCCACCCUGGUGCUCACCUCAGACUGUGUCCUGCCCUGUGUGCUGCACUGCUGGUUAAAACUCCUGAGCUGGAAAGUGCCCCUCCUGAGAGGGCAGGGUGGGUUCUCCCAUCUCCAAGGCCAGGCAUGAUGUGGAUUGUGCCUUCACUUCCCUGCUAACAUUUUAACUGCAGGAUUUUUCCAUUCUCUUUGGGUGUUGCUUUUGGCCACAAAAAGUACUCUCUGUCCUCCCUGUGUCACAAUAUGAGAAAAGGCAUAUGCAAGUCAUAGUAGUCACAUUUUUUAUUUUAACUUUUUGGGGGAGUGGGGGAGAAAGAGUAUACAUUUCUAUUUGUACAAUAUUUAACAAUCACUUUAUUGAGGGGCAAGGGGGGGUUGGUUUGUUUUUAGUACUUGCAGAAAAACAGCAAGUACCUUUUGACAGUAGUACAACAACCUGUGCCCAAAACACUGACAAAUACAAAGAGUAAAUUUAAAAUAAUUGCUUACCAAAAUCUUGAGAGGUAACGAAUAGUAUAUGGACUGAAACGGCAUUAAAAAAAUAAAAACAAACAAAAAC